AUGUUUGUCGAGCGGCUCCUUCACGUCCACCACGGCGGCUUGCCGAUCACGUCCCUGGAUUUUCAGCCCCAUGCGGCGCCAUGGAACAUGGAGCGUCUGGCCACGGCGGCAGCGAACUGCGUUAAGAUUUGGGUUCUUCACUCGCAUUCGCCGUCUGUCUGUCGCGCGCUUCUCUGUGGCAAGUCAUCGGAAGAUGCUGCGCCUUCCCAGAAGCGCCAGAAGCUGCAGGCAGCCGCGUCCGGCGGGACCGCCGCUGGCAAGGACAGUCAGACAACCGGUCUCGACGGCGAGGACCGACCGCCUUCGGCGACUGCGUCUGUCGGUGCCUCUCCAGGCGAACCCCCGCGUCUGUCUCGGCCGCCCUUGACGGUGGCUACGUGCGUCUGGGCGGCCUCUGAGCACCGAUCGGAGAUCAUGACUCUCCGUUGGGCGCCCACGGGAGAGUUCCUCGCCACGUGCGACGCAGACGGAAACCUUUUUGUAUACGCCUUGAAUCUGCCGCUGCCGACUUGGCAGGGCGCGACAGAGCAUGCGGACUCUGCGAAGAGCUCAGCGAGUUCCGCUGCAGAGAAGGCCGCUCCCCGCCCUGGGCUUCCCAGGGAAGCCUGGACUCCCCGUCGGGGUCCGGCGAAGAAGGGGAAGGCCGAAGCUGUUGCUGCGAGCCCCCCGACCUGUCCGCCGUGUCUGUGUGCGUCGCUUUUCCCUUCCUCGGGGCCAGUGCCCUGGCGGACAAACAGUCAGCACAGUCCACCCGCCGCAAGCUGCGGUUCCGGGACGGGGAUCUACACAGAGAAGUGGCGCCAGGUGUCUGCAUGCCUCUGCUCCGCCGUCGGUCACAUCUUCGACAUGUGCUGGUGCCAUGACAGCCGAACGAUUGCGCUGGCUGGCGCCCGGGGAAGAGUUUGUCUGGUCGACGUUCCCCGCCACGAAGUUGUGACGGUUCUCAGUCUGCCCGAGGGCGACUCCGGGAUGGUCAAGGGCGUCGCUUGGGAUCCCCAGGCGUCGCUUCUGGCAGCUUGCACGAGCGCGAAGAAAAUCUUUGUGUGGCGCACGCAGCGUCGGACGCAAACUGCGAAGAAACAAGGUCCCAAUGCAGUCUGGCAGUGUUCCCUCGUCUACCAGCACAACGAGCUGCUCCUGGGCGGCCCGUCUGAAACCCCGGGGCCGCGACGCCUCUCUUGGCACCCUCAGGGGACGCUCUUGGCCCUCCCGUUUGCGGAACGGAACGGCCGUGUCUUUGGGUGUUGUCUUCGCGUCCAGGACGACUCUCAGCCGACUGCUGAGACGGGUGAGGUCGACAACGCGCCCGGGAACCUGGCUGAGCAAUCCCAAUUAGGCGCGACAGGCCGGAAGAAAGUUGCCGAGAAAGGUGAAGAGAUCUUCUCCUCUUCCCCGCCUCUACGUCUUCGAGGUCACCGGCGACCCAUCCGCAUUGUGCGGUUCGCCCCGGACCUGCUCGUUGAGGGCAGCGCGCCGAAAGGGUCGCACGGCAGCAAGGGGGGGAAGGCCGCAGGGUCGUCCGCUUCUCCAGAGAGUUUCGACUCCGGUCUUUGUUGUCUGUAUGCGCAAGCGAGCGUGGACGGCGCACUGUCGAUCUGGCAGUUCUCCCAGGACCGGGCUGCGCCUCCAGACAUCUGUGGGAAGAAGCCGAGUAGCUCGAGCGCCGCCGAAAAAACAGGCGAUGAAGGUGCCAAGUCUGCGGGGCCGCAUCCGCGGUGUCUGGCCGUUCUGAUCAACUUCCUCGACGAGAACACGACGCUCCAGGACCUCGCUUGGGGCCGCCAGGGCCAGUGGCUCGCGGCGGCAUGCACGGGGGGCGGCGUGACGCUUGUCUCGCUUCCUCACGCGACUCUGAAUCUUUCCUUUGCGACCAACUGGCUGGCGUACCAGCUGGCAUCUGCGCCUGCGGCCUCUGAGGCUGCGCCCAGUUCUUCUGGCGCCUCCUCAGUCGCGCCUUCUCCGCCUGCUUCUUCUCCAGCGACCUCCUCGGGCCCUGCUUCUCCUUCCUCGUCUUCUGUUUUUCAGCAAAAACUCCAAGAUCCACCCUCGCCUGGGAGCCGAGCCGCGCUGUCCUCGGCGGCGUGUCUGCCCCAGACGCUGCCGACGUGCUCCUGCUCCUGCAAGUGCUGCUGCUGCUCUCUCCACCGCUACUUCGCCUUCGUCCCGGCGCCGCCCGCCGCGGCGCUGCUCGCGUGCUCGGGGAAGAAGGCAGGCGAGUCGGGGAAAGGCGAGGCCGAGGAAGGGAAGGUAGGAAGGAUUCAGACCGAGUCGGUGACUGCGGGAGGGAAGCGACGCAUUUGUCCGGUGAACCUGUCUUCGGGAGCCCGACCGGGACUGACGGUCAUGUCCGUACAGCCACAAGCGGCGCCUGAGCACGGCAAGCAGGCCAGCUCUGGAGAAGCAGGCAAAAUGUCUGUCGUGAAGAAAGAAGACAAACACACACAUGCAGAGACCACUGCUGCGUUGGUCGGAAGUCAACCCACUCCUUCGCCUUCGUCGCCUCUGGCGCCUUCGCCUCUGCCUGCGGCGGUGGGUCUGGAGGCCGCACCGACACGGCGGGAAGGAGCCCGCAGGAGCCUGGCCGCCUCAGAGGACAGUUCGUUCCUUCUGAUGCUUCAGCGCCAGGGCGAAGAAGUUCAGAGAGCCCUCCAGGGGAGUUCUGGGAGAAAGGCUGGCGGCUCAGAUGUCUCUUCCUCUCAGCCAGCGCGCGACGCCGAGGGCCGCAAACUGUCUCUAGCGGAUGUGCUUCUCGGGGAUGCGAGUAACUUGUCUCGGGCGUCUCUGUCUGCGUCGGCGGCUGCUCGCCUGGCAGCCCCAGGCACAGGAAACACCGAGAAAGCCAGCAGUCAACCGGUUCCCUCUGCUAAACGCGCUUCUGUCUCUCAGGUGCCGCCGCCGGCCCCGAAGGCGCCGCUUGUGUCUCAUAUGCUAUCUGUGGCGCCAGCUUCCGGUUCUGCUCUCUCGGCUCGCGGCACCGCCUCGACUCUCCAGGCUGCGCUUCGCAGCGGCCCUGCCGAGACGAAUACAGAGCUCUGGCGGGCAGCGGACUUGCUGGCACAUUUGCGGGUGGGAAGAGACCCGGUGGACUCUGGGGACAAAGGCGCGGGUCUCCCAGCUGCGCUGCCUCUGUCGCGGCUCCAGCAGGCGCAGAAGCUGCUCGCGGCGCAUGCAGGGGCACGGGCGGACCGUCCAAGCCCUGGGAGAGCGCAGGAGACCUCGGUGGCUGUCUCUUCUCUUUUGGCUCGAUUGGAGGACUCAGAGACGCCGCUGCAGAAGCGCGAGUGGCAGGCGGCAUCGGAGAACUUCUGGCGGGCGACCCGCGGCGGGAGGGACGACGACGCAUGCGGGAAGGAGCGAGAGGAAGGCCGAGGGAGAGCUCAGGGUCGCAAGUCCGCAAGUGUUCGUUUGGUCAGUCUGUCGAACCCCCAGUUGGGAAUCGUUGCCGAAACAACAUCGCAAAAAUACCGUGUUUCUCACCCAGCUAUCCAGCCUGCUUCCGCAGGUGUUGCCGACCCCGUCGUGAUCAGCAGCGGCAGCGAAGCCGAACAAGAAGGGACUGAGGGCGAGGGCGACAAAGAAGCGACUCGCACGCCGGCGAUGCGCGCGCGGAGCGAAUCGAUCUGCGGCCGGGCGCCUCCGGACCUUGUUCACGCAGAGGGGCCUUUCUCUGGACUGUGGGGAAGCGCAGCGAGCCCAGUGUUUCCUCAAGAGAAGAUGUUGUUGGAGGCCGAACGUGAUGACGCGCGAGAGAGUUAUGUGGGCACAUGUGGCCAGGACGUCUGGGGCAGGUUUCAGUAUGCAGAUGCGGGGUCCCCGGAUCGCAUGUCUCUCCAAUUUCGGCCCGAAUCCUCAAGUGGAACUGGAGAGAAAGUUGGGCUCGAUGAAGGUGAAGAGCGCUCGCGAGAGGGGCGGCUCUCGAAUCUCUUGGAGCCUCGUGUAGGGCCGCUGCGCGCUCAGUUCCAAGAGUUGCUUCUGCUCACACAACCGCCCGAAGAGAGCUGUGACAUUGGAGCUGCCUCCUCGGACGAAGACGGUGGAGAGAAAGACUGGGAAGAUCCAGUGCCCUCUGAGGUGCAGACGGCGACUGUACCCAUUCACGGUCGAACGGCGCCUGAGGUCGUGCGGUGGAAUUUCAGCUUCGGUGAGUCCCGCCGACAGACAGGGCACACAAUGCGUCUUCGAAUGUCUCCGGCAAAGAGAAGAAGGCCUCGAUUUCCAGACAGUCACGAAGCAGAGGCAACGUCAUGCGAGCCGUCCGAAAAGCGACUCAUCGGUGUCGCCUCUGUCUCUUCGCAGGAGACCCGAGCGCAAUGGCGUGUCUCGAGUGGCCCCAAGAGGACGCGAAGUCAGAAAGAAGGGACCUACGAGAUGCGCGACAGUUGGCGGGGGGACCGAAGUGUACCAGCGAAGAGGAAACCCAGUGAUGACCAGCGAGCAGUCAACCUUGCGCAAAUGGAAUUGGGCGUAUGCCUCAUGGCAUCUGGAUCUGGGAACGGAGGCGCGCCGGGGUUGCAGGGCAAUGGGGGGAGUUCGAGCGCGAAAGGAGACAGAAGCGGCAGAGAUUGUGGGCGGGGCGGAGACAGUCGUCGCGGCAAAAGCCUUGGAGGCGCCGGAGGCGCGGGCGACGGCGAGGAUGACGACGGAGAACUCCGCGAGAAGGAGUUGCGCAAGUCCCAGUUUCUCUCAUCGCUGAGCAACGGCAUUUCGAAGCCAGACUCCCGAGGCGAUGGCGAGAAGGAGGAGGACGGAAAGAAGAAGAACCGUCGCGGGCCUUCGUCCUCGUCGGUCCCCACUUCUGUCUCCGUGGCGGGUGAGGAAGCUCGGGCUCCGGCCGGAGACACCUCGCCCAAGGGGCCCGAGCGGGGUCCCGCGGCGGGGCCGGGCGAGUCGUGGGGGUCGUGGAAUCCGUUCAGGCGCCGUUUGCAGCUGCUGAGGCAAUUCGAGGAGGAGGACGACGAAGAAGAGGACGAGGAAGAUGACGGUACGCCUGCGUUCGUCCCGGCCGCAACCCGUGCGGCCUCCGGAACCGUUUCGAGCGCGAACGGGACCUCUGGGGACUCUCGGACCGAGGCAGCGUCUCUGGAGGUGACGCGGGGCCGCCGCGAGGGAGACACAGCCCGCAGUACCUCCCCUGCGGAGGAGUUGGCGCCCCAGAAGCAGGGCGCCGACGGCAGCAGACCGGUGCGACUGCGGACGCGAGAGAGCGAGGAUCGUCACGGGUCACGCGCAGCCAAGUCCGCGUCGCUUCUUCCGUCGCCGCCGUCUGUGUCGCAGCUCCACCGAACGGGAGGUUCGCCUCCCACACGUGUGACGCUCUCUGAAGAGGAGAGAGAUACGCCUGCUUCGGAUGCAAAGAGGCGCCCCGAGGAGGGAGUCACCGACGGUGAGGAUCGCGAGAGCGAACGAGUCGGAAGACGGCCCUUUUUCCGGGAGACGGUUCGCGAGAAGCGGCGAGUUCCGGCCGAGGAAAGACGGACUCGGAGGCGCAGCGGGGAGGCCAUGGAGACGCGGAGGAGGAAACGGCAGAGAGUUGUGUCGACGGACGAGGAGACGGAGUCGGAGAGCAGUGAUAGAAGAAGCUCCAGGUCGCCGUUUUCCGAUGCGGAGGACAGCGAGAGAGCGAUAAACUUGAGGAACUCCGCAGACAGGAGAGGACGGAGACCACGCACGUAUUUGACGUACCAAGAGAGAAGGCGAGAUCGGAGGGCGAGUAGGAAGGAGGCGCGGUGGACGUCUGACGCCGGGGACUCGCGAGGCUCUUGCAGGCGAAGGCGAGAGGAAAUGAGGACCCUAACGGCCAACGAGCAGAAAGAAAAUGGGGUGCCUCAAGAACCUCUGGUAGGCCUCUCGCUUCUCAAAAAGAAACUCUGCGUCUCGACAACUCUCAACGGGACGCCCGUCGGCGUCGUGGCGGUGAACUCUCUGGAAACGCGAGAGAGCACCUUCCACCUUCCUUCACUUUCCCCGCUGUCUUGCUCGCCUAUUCGCGGCCGGGACGGAGACCUGCGAGGUAGCGAGGCAAGGCGCAUGAACGUUCCCCGAGAGGUCGAGGACGGCCAAGAAGGCCCGCUGCUCUGCUGCUUCGUGCAGCGAAAGGCUUCUCAAGAGGGCAAAGAACCAGACCAAACAGAAGCAUCUGGCGACGAGGCGACUGACGAGGAAAUUCUUUGGACUCGCAGGCUGCCCGCGGGCCUCGUCGUCACGCAUCUCCUGCCGUCUCCGGCGAGUCGAGAGCAUGGCGAGAGUUCCUUUCAUGCAGAGACUUCUUCGCAGUCCGCAGCGGAUCCUCUUCUCUCUCUUCCCUCGCGUCCUCUCCUCGUUGUCGCUCAGGCGAAAGCGGCGCUCUCGGGUCUCUGCCUCAAAGCGAGCGUCCUCAGCCACUCCUUUCCUUUCUCCUCUUCCGCUUCACUCCGUCCUUCCCUCGCUUCUUCUCCUGAGUCGUCUCCAAGACGCAGUGGUGACUUUGCGCCUUUUGGAGGAUCCACGAGCAGAAGGCGCAACUGCCGAAAGGGGAAAUUUUCGCGUUUCUCUGGAGAGACAGCUCGGACUCGCAGGCCGUUUGUCUUCACCUCAACUUUGUUGCUCGUCGACAUGAAGACGGGCGCGAUCUGCACUGUGAAAGGCAGCGGUCUCUCCGAGUCUCUCAAAGAUCCAGUCUCUGUGUGUCGAUGGGUGGCGUUGAAACGCCCCCCUCCGUUGAUGCAAAGGCCACAGUCGUCUGUCUGUCUGCCUGGGGGCCUUGUUGAAAAGGGUGCCGUAGGAAAGCCAAAGGAGGACCUCUUGAAUCGGAGCGCGCAUGCAGACGAACCGAGGGGAAGUGCGGAGGCGCGCCGCGAGCCUCUGAACCCUGCAGCGCGCCUGGAACCGAUGUUUGUUUCCGCCGAGAAAGACAGAGGCGCUCGUCUUUGCAUUUUCCUUCUCACGGCCUACGCCGAGGUCUAUCUCCUUCAGCCCUGCGAGGACGAGGGCAAUCGAGAAAUCUUUUCUCCAGGUCCUCUCUCUUCUGUCUCGACUCAAGUCAGGGGCGCCGCGUUUCUUCUCGGUGGCCCGGAGCCGAACGUGGAGGACGUUUUCCGUCCCUCGCAGUCUUUGCUGUGGAACGAGGGAAAUCUGUUUGGCGCCCAACGCAGGGUGGGGGCUGCAUGCAGCUCUGAGAAAGAUGCAGCUUGUCAGUGCGUGGCAGGGCGAAGAGACGAGGGAGAGGAGGAGACAGGACGGACUCGUCUUUCGCUUUUGUCUGGCUUUUCUCCAGGAUCAACAGGCCUCUCGCUACACACUUCGAAGCCUUUCUCUAGAGGCGAAGGCAACCUGUGCUUGCCUUUGUUAAGCGCUCCACUGGGAGGCGAACAAGCGCGUUUUUCUCUCUGUUACUUUGCAGAUCUCUCUGCGCUUUGCAGAGGGGAAAACGGGAGAGUGGAAUGUGUUCAGGAACAGACCGAGCAAGAGGUUCUGGCGGGUGGUGGGUCUCCAGACGCGGAGACCCUCAGGUCUUUCGCACCUCGAGUGGCGCAGUGCUCGCGGGGAACGGCAAGUAUGGCGGCGCCUGCGGGAGAGAGAACACGGCGAUGUGCUGACCCUGCGAAGAUUCUCUGGAUCGAAAUUCAGCAGCGAUCUGCGUGUCUUAUGUCUCUUCUCGGAGACGGAGAGGCGGCCCACGGCGCCCCGGCUCCCGCAAGCCAAACCCCAUGUUCCCAGGAGACAAAGGCGAUCGCAGAGGAUGACGCGAUGGUGCAGCGGCACGCUAAAGAGAGAAGAGACAAAGGAGAUUCCAGACCUUCAGACAGAGACGAAGAAGAGAGAGAUGUAAGAGAAGCGGUUUGUGAAUAUGUCAAGGAAACCUUUGGAACAGAGAGGAAUCAGUCUUGGAUCCAACUGGCUGUCGGUCUCGACUCGGGAAAGAUUUUUGUCUCUCUCCCUCCUUGUGGGGUAGUCGCUCCUGGAGUCUCUCCAGUGUCUCCUCGCGCCCGGUGCCGGCACGACGUGUCGGGGACAGGCACCAUCCGAGGGCCUCUCGACGGAGACACUUUCUGGGUGCGCGAAGCAGCGACCGAGAAGGGAGGCCGUAGAGCCGAACGAGCGCCGGAAACGACGGUUUUAUCUGUUCAAGAGGCGCCUUUGAGUUGGGGGAGCGUCACUGUUUCUUCAUCGUUUGAGGACCAAAUGCAGCAGCGGUUCGUGCGAAUCGAUGAACUGGCUUUUCAGCACUCGGACUUCUUCUCGCUUCUUUCCUGGCGACGGCCAGGAGAGGCACGUGGAACCGAGCGCGACAGAAACUCUGGGGCAGUGCGAGGCGCGCACGGGGCCUUGGAGGAAAUCGCCCAUUCUCGAGGAGAGACGGCGGGAGAUCAAGAGUCGGACGACGAGGCGUGGGGACGCGAGUGUCCUCUUGCGUGUCUCCAGAAGAGGAGCUCGUUCGGUCCCGCAGUGUCUCCGGUACUUGCGCAGGGCGUUCCUCUCUCAUAUCUUGCGCUCUUGCAGACCCCAUGGGUGUCUUCUGCAUCUGGCUGCUCAGCGUCCUCGGGUGUCGAGGGCGAUGCAGAGACGGCGAAGGAGCGUGAGGCGAGACAGAAGGGAGCUGAGACGCUGCGCAAGAAAGCGAAGAGGGAAAUCGAUUCGCAAAGAGACAAACUUUUACGCUUCCUCCUUCACGGACGCUUCCUCGGCCCACAAUUCGCGGCACUUCUGGGCGCGACUCCACAGGGCCUGACGACGAUGCGUCGUGCCGCCGUCCAGGAGCUCCUGGAAAGAAACGCAGAGGGGCGGCAGGCCGACAAGCAAAUGGAAGAAGAGAACCAGCCCACAACGGGAGAAGACACAAAUGGUUUCGAGGAACAAAGUGGCGCUGAAAGAGAAGACGGGGGAAACAUCGCAAAUGCGGAACGAGGCGGAAGUAGCGGAGAGCUCUCAGGACCCGGGGAAGAAGCGGAAGAGUCUCAAGAAGAAAAGGACAGUGAGGCGAGGAACGGACAGACAGGGCAGGGGUGGCAAGAGGCGACAAAGGCAGGCGAGCAAUUCACAGAACGACGCUUGCCCUCUCAGCGUCGCACACUGAAACACCUCCACCACCAGGUCUGGAGUGCUCUGGCGGUAUCGUCUUCGUCUGAGUUUCUCUACUGGAUCUCGGCAUUGCUGCGUCGGCAGUGGGAGCUGCGUCUGUUCCGUCAGUUCGUCUCUUCCUCGUUGUUUCUGCUGUCUGGACACCUCGCGUUUCUUCGGCGGCUGCUCUGCGCGUUGAAGGCGAAGAAGGCCGCCGUCUCCCGCGACGUUCGCCGCCUCGAGCGCACGCUCCGACUUCGCGGAAAGCACGUUGCUUCGUCUGCCUCUUCGAGCUUCUUCGCCAGAGGAGCGGAGGAAGACGCGUGGAUACUCAGCGACGAACUCUCCGCAGAGAAACGGGAAGUCGACGCGGGCGCGGAGCCUGUCGACUGGCGCCUCCUGGCGGCUCUGCGUCUCUCUGCGGAAGAAAGUGCCGCCCACGUCCUUCGGGUGCUGGAAGCGCUGGAGAGUGAAGAGGCGAAGAAAGGCAGCGAACGCGAAGAGACAGAUGCGAGUGAAGACUCCGGACAGACAGGCACCCACGCGACGCCGACCUCUGCACGCGCCGCGUCCACCACAGCACACUGUGGAGGGACCGGCGGGCGCCUCAACGGAGAAAGAAAAGAAAACGCUUUACAAGAAGAACAAAGCAAAAACGAAGGGGAGAAGGAGAGGCACGACUCCCACAGUGCGUCAGGAUGCUUGGAGGUUCUCUCUGUGGCGAGGAAGCGCGUCCGCACGGCACUCGCAGCGGUUCAGAGCACGCGCGAGGAGGUGAGGAGAACGAGUUUGUCGCUUUCUUUGUACGAAGACGAACGGAGGGCGUUGCUGUUCCUGCUCGGCGAGAGUGUCGGGGAGACGAUCAGAGCAGAGAGGCAGCGCAAGAAGCGCGGGGGACUCUUCGCCUUCCUCCCAGACUCUGGAAGCUCCGACGAUUUGGAACGUGAAGAGGUCCGAGCUCGGCGAGAGGAGGCCGAGGCGGUGUUGGAAGAUAUAUUCUGAAAGGCCUUGUCCAUCUGAACGAAAGCAGAGCGGGAAUGCAGAAGGCUCUUGUGCAGAAUCCAGGAAACCGAAGAAAUGGAGGAAAACCACCGUAACCGCUCUCCACCUGCAGGCAGCUCGUAUGCUGUUAGACACCGGAGAAGAAGGAGAAAAGACAACAGAAACCGCACCCGGGGGACGGGGCAGAAGACGCGGUUCCGGGGGUGCUUGAGCAACAGAUGUGAGGCAAUGAAGUUGGACCGGGGCGGGAGGGCAGAGAACGUUUGUGGCACAGGUCGUUCUACUACAGCAUGUGUGCUGAUGAUGUGGAUGUUAAGGGGGAAAGAAUUGUGUUAACAGAGAAACGACACCUUGUUAACAGAAUCGAAGAACGCAGAACGGAUGGACGGAG